AUGGCUACUCGUCGCCAGGUCAAACUGGCCGUCCUUGGCCUACUUGCGUUCGCAGGAAGCGUCUUGGGAAUUGGUCAGGACACAUGCGUCGCGUUCAAGUCCUCACCCUCAGCGUUCACGAUCGUGAACAGCGGCAAGGCUGCUCCUAUCCUGCUGUCUCCUGAUGAAUGGCCUGCUGUCCAACGCGCAGCCACUGACUUCGCUUCUGACAUCGAGGCCGUUACUGGAGUCAAACCUACGCUCAGGAAUAUCACCACUUCGCGAGCAUCGUCCCUCAUGUUCAAUUCGACGUCCUUUGGUUCCAACACGGCCGUCAUCAUCGGCACUCUGGGCAGGUCGUCCCUCAUCGACGAGAUCGUGAACCGCACGAAGCUCGAUGUGUCUUCCGUCCAGGGCAAGUGGGAGGCCUUCAUGGCGAAGGAGGUUGCAGACCCGCUCCCGGGGAUCAAGAGCGCGUAUGUCAUGAUCGGCGCGGACAGGCGUGGGACGAUGUUCGCGCUUUACGACCACUCUGAACAGUUCGGUGUCUCGCCUUGGUAUUGGUGGGCGGACGUACCGACCACGAAACAUAACGCGUUGUUCGUGAACUCGUCGGGAUGCUCGCACGGUACUCCGACGGUGAAGUACCGCGGCAUCUUCUUGAACGAUGAACAGCCUGCGCUCCAGAACUGGGCGAUGGAAAAAUUCACGAACGGCACUGGGGCUCCGCUCACCGGCUCGCCGUUCAACCAUUUCUUCUACACGAAGCUGUUUGAGUUGAUUCUACGGAUGCGAGGAAAUUACCUCUGGCCAGGUACGUUUCUUCUCGAUGCGUUCUGCAUCGACGACGUCCAGAACCAGCCCCUCGCCGACUGGUAUGGGAUCGUCAUGGGUACAAGCCACGAGGAACCGAUGAUGCGCUCAGUGCCGGUCGAGUGGAACCUCUUCGGAGUGGGACCAUGGGACUACGCGGCGAACCAGCAGAACGUGUACAACUUCUGGAAGGUCGGCGCGGAACGCGCGAGGCCGUAUGAAGGCGUGUUCACGAUCGGCAUGCGUGGGAACGGUGCUGAUGAACAGACAAUCCAACUUUUGGAGAAGAUCGUGUCCGACCAGCGCGGCUUGUUGGGGCAAGUGUUCAACACAACAGACGUGACAACCAUCCCUCAGGUUUGGACUCUCUACAAGGAGGUUGAGGGCUACUACGACGAAGGCAUGACGGUGCCGGACGACGCGGUCAUAUUGUGGAGUGACGACAACUGGGGUAAUGUGCGUCGCAACCCAUUGCCUAGCGAACGCAACAGGACGGGCGGCUCUGGUGUUUACUAUCAUGUAGACUAUGUAGGCGACCCUAGGGAUUACAAGUGGAUCACGAGCAGUCAGAUUGAGAAGACCUUCGAGCAACUGUCAACCGCUGUCAACCGCGACGCGACAAACAUAUGGAUCCUCAAUGUUGGCGAUCUUAAGCCAUACGAGAUGCACACGGAAUUUUUCCUCACCCUCGGAUACGAUUCAUCGAAGUGGAAUCCGUCUAACCUCAACACGUUCGUUACAAGCUGGGCUCAGCGCGAAUUUGAUGUGUCCGUUGCAGACGCUGCAGAGAUUGCGAGUAUCAUCCACAACGUGACGCAACAUAAUGCCAGGCGUAAGCCGGAGCUGCUGAACUCGACAACGUACAGCUUGACGAACUACAGAGAAGCGGAUAACGUGCUUGCCAUGCUGCAGGGAUUGAGCAACUCCUCGACACGGCUGUACAAUUCUCUGUCGUCGGAAUUCCAACCGGCAUUUUUUGAGCUCGUCCACCACCCGGUCCAGGCGACGUUGACACUCACGAACAUGUGGAUAUCCGCGGGUAUUAACAACCUUCGAGCGUCGCAGGCUCGCCUUAGUGCGAACAAUUACAUGACGCAGGUCGAGAGUUUGUUUGAUCAGGACUAUGCCAUCGAGGUCGACUAUCAUACUAUUUUGAAUGGGAAAUGGGACCAUAUGAUGGAUCAAACGCAUGUUAUGUACUACUAUUGGCAGCAGCCCAUGGCUAACACAAUGCCGUUUGUAACGAAGGUGCAACCUAAGAAACAGGCUCUUCCUGGAGCAAUGAGGCUUACUGUCGAGGGAAGCUUAGGUGCUUGGCCUGGCGACGACAUGAAUAACUGCGCCGCAGAGUACGGCUGCCCUGACCCGUCAAUAUCUAUCGAUCCUUUCGUACCGACUGGGAACCGCUUCGUCGAUAUCUCCGCAGGCGGUCCGACGCCUUUCACAUUCACUGCAACGAGCAACGUCUCCUGGCUUGACAUCUCCCCUUCGCAUGGCUCGAUAUCCCCCAGCUCCCCCGAACAACGCGUCUUCCUGAGCGUCGAUUGGAGUCAAGUCACCGGCGCGGAGGCAGCGCUGAUAGUCUUCGAUGCCACCGUGGAGGACCAGCCGUCCAUGUCAAGCACUGUGACGCUCACGGCAAACCACACGAUCGUGCCAAGCGGGUUUUCCGGGUUUGUUGAGGGCGAUGGCACGGUGUCUAUCGAAGCCGCCCAUUCUUCUCGGAACACGUCGGUCCAGGGAAUCACUUGGACCGAAAUACCUGGACUAGGGCGGACGCUGUCUGGCGUCACGCCGUGGCCCCGCGGCGGCGACGAACUGAAUUUCACCGCCGGAAGCGGUCCUAGCAUCGAGUACGACUUCUUUCUCUUCAAUACAAUGGGGCAGAGCGGCAACGUAACGGUUACGACACUGGUAUCGCCUUCAUUGAACACCUUGGGAGACGACCGCCCGCUGGGCUUGGCGUUACAGAUUGACAACGGGACGACGCAGACAAGCUAUUUUGUGCCUCGUUCAGUACCGGGUGACACGCCUCCCGGGUGGGACGGUAACGACGGGUGGGUUGCGAACAGUAUCAUUGAAGUGCCGAUGGUGUUGCCGGUGCAGCCUGGCGCGCACACGCUGAAGGUGUGGAUGAUUGAACCCACAGUUGUCGUGCAGAAGAUUGUCAUCGACACCGGAGGGAUGUUGCCGAGCUACUUGGGCCCCCCAGAAAGCAUCCGCGCGUAG